AUGCUGGCGCGCGUCGUCUACGUUGGCGACCGUUGCGCGUUCCUUGGCUUUGGUGGCUACUUUUGGGGGCCAGUUCCGACGAGGAAAAGGCUCAAAGAGGCGGCAUCGACAGCGCUGGAUAAAUACGGGGAGUACAAAGACGUCGUGGCGGAUGUGGUGCAAAUGACGACGCGUGGGUGA